GCUGAAAUGUUUGCAUCAUUCAUUCAUGUGAUUUCCGGUGACAGGCAGAUCUCUGUGUAAAAGGAAAGCUGCCUUCAGCACAGUGAAGUUUUUGUUUAUCGCGGCUAGGCUUUCAAGGCAACAUAGAUUAAACCAGGAAGGCUUACCAAAAUGGACCCAUUUUUGUCUCUCCUGCAUUCAUUUUCCAUGAGUUUAUCUGACAGUGAUCUCUCUUCCCUGAAAUUUCUGUGCCUGGACAAAAUUGGCAAAAGGAAGCUUGAGUCCGUCAAAACUGGUAGUGAUCUCUUUCUCAUCCUCCUUGAACAGCGGGAGAUUGCAAGAGAGAAGGUAGAUUUUCUCCAGCUCAUGAUCAAAACCAUUAAAAGAGAAGAUCUGAUAAUCCAACUACAAGAGUUCAUAGAAGGUGGACAAGGUGAUGUUGUCAACCAUCUAGAUGAGAAAGAAAAACGUCAGCAGAAUGUAGCUUUUGAAGUUAUAUGUGAUAACGUUGGGAAGAACUGGAAAAUGCUAGUUCGAAGAUUAGGAAUUUCUGAUACAAAAAUUGAAAGAAUUCUAACAGCCAGUCCUUACAACUUGCAAGAACAAUUGAUGCAGUCACUUCGAGAGUGGCAGAAAGAGAAGGGAAAGGAAGCUAAGGUUGCUGACUUAAUAAAAGCCCUUCGGGAUUGCAAAAUGAACUUGGUAGCAGACAAAGUCGAACAUGAACUUUUACAACGGGAGAACUAAAACUAAAUGAAAUCAAUAUAAUAUAUAUAAAAUGCAACAUUAAAACAGAGCUUAAAUGAAAAGGGAGAGAAUGCUGUCUAACUGUUAGAACAAGAGUCAGGAUACUCCACCAUUGAUUUAGGAGCUUAAAUUCACAUUUAGAGACAUAGACCAAGAUUUUCAGAAAACACUUAUGAUUUUGGGUCCUUAAUUUUUGGGUUCUCAAUCUGAGACAAUUUAAAGGGUUUUGAUAUUUCAGAAAAUGCUGACUGCCUGCCCUUUGAGAAUCCUUAUUUUUUAUCAAGUUAGGCAUCCAAAAUCAUUAGUAUCUUAUGAAAAUUCUGGCCUUAGCAUCUGAUUUGUAGAUACUUAAAUCUUGAUGCCCACAGUCACAUUUAGGCACUCAAGUGUGAAAUUUUCUUUGCGUCCCACAUCUGCCAAAUAGGAAUAUUACUACGUACUUGUGGUACCUACCUCAAAGGAGUGUUGUGAAGCUUAUUCAUGUAAUGCUUAUAAAGAAGUUUAUGCUCCUUGGAUGAAAUGCUUCUUCCUAAGUGUAAAAUAUAAUUCUUAAAUUCACAAAACUCAAGAAAUUCAAAAUUGCAAUUCCUUCAGUACCCCUAACUUGGCCCACUAUCCAUAUAUGGUAUUUUGCAUGACUGCAGAUGCUUUUAAAAUUUGCUUUGAAAUAUGUACGCAGAGUGAUUGAUGUGGGAAACUGACUUCUAUGCAUUUCCAAAUUUUUGAGAUGGCUAAAUAAUUUUGUUGGUAAUAAAAAAAACCCCAAACAGAUACUAGCAAUAUGCUGCUGCCCUUUCUGCUGGAUCUUGAGAGGUAAGGAAUAUGUUCUGAGUGGUGCUUCAAACGCUUCUUUUCCAUGCAAGGGUGUUAAACACCAUAUAGAAUUAGGAUUUAAGAUUGCAGUGCAAGGGGCCCAGCAGUUCUGGUGGCGUUUCCUCAGCUCAAAAAUGCCUGUUUUCAGAAUAAACUGCCUGAGACAAAGGGUUUAUAUUAAGUGGCUACCCUGCCACUGUAAAAUACAUAGAAAGACCUUGCCCUGUAGUUGUGUAGAAGGCCCUCCUUGUUCCUCCUGCAAAAGAUUCUCCUCAUUGUAACUGUACAUCUGAGGAUGCUGCUCACAGCCACCACCACAGCGACUCUGACAGCCGACCCUGUUAGUAGAACCCAAAGCACUGACCCCAUUUGGAUCAUCCGCACAGUUUUCAAUGGGGAAAGUAGAAUUCAGUUGUCUGUGCUCUUAAUAACAUCAAAUGUUAAGAUAAAGAGAUACAGAGUGAAUAAAGAAAGCUUUUGUUUAGAAAUGAAAUGAGAAAUGAAGUUACUGAAGAAAAUAUAAUCCCAUCACCUACCGUUUAUCCAACCUGCUAUGCAGGUGAGGAUCAGUUCUUCACCACACGAUGCUCUAACUGAAGGUGGCUCCAGGUCCAAUAUUCCUUUAAUCAGCAUUCUUCAGUUUUCCAUCACGUCAGCUCCUUCAAACUGGGCCCUUACACUAACCCAAGAUUGUGAAAACUGCACCUACUUUAAAACCUGCUUUCAGGCCUUCUCUGUCACCUAUGUCUAGUGCCAGCAUCUUGCAUGAAUUCCUCUGAAAUCAAUAUUGAUUUGACUUUGACUAGGACAGCUGGUAGCCUCAGAAACAUAAUGUAAAAUUCAUACCUAAAGGGAGAGGCUUCACUUCUUUGCUGAACCAGUCUCAUUUUGUUUUGUGUAGCUAAUAGCAUACUGCUCUUUGUCAGGUUCACUGCACUCAGCACUAGUAUGAAAUUGACAAGAAGCCUGAAAUUCAGUAGGAACCACAGCAGGUAGAAACAACACAAAACUGUCAUGAGUGUCUCCAUAUGUUAAAUUCAGCUGAUAUCUGAGCUUCAGAAAUUGACAAGUUAACACAUGAUUACAAUUACUAGAAAGGUUGAAGUAAUGUGUACCUAGUACCUUCAUACAACAUUGUCAUAAGGGCUUUUCUUUAGAAGCUGAACAAUGAAAGAUUGGCACACAGAUAUUUAUGAUCCUAAUAAGCGAGAGACCAGUGUUUGCAAGCGUCUACAUAGAAAGGAGUAAAGGGUGGUGCUCUGGCUUCCACAUGUCUGCCUUUGUGCAUAUAUAGUUUCAAGUAAUUGAACUGUAAUAGAACAAUUGCUUGCUUUGCCUGUAUCUCAUACAGACUUCAGAAGAGUUUAGUUCUUAAGAACUAAUGAAUAAAUAAACAAAUUCUGAAUUCAGUGCUGAAUAAAAUGCUAAUCUUGAGCUGAAUGACAAAUUCAACAAAUUUUACAGUGUUAAAAUAAUUAUGGAUUUUUUUUUUCAUUAUUCUUCCUGCUCUAAAGAUAACACUGUUU